CCUAACCCUGCACAUCGCCGUGCGCUGCUCCUGUUUCCUUACCCUGUCGAGCAGUGUCGCUGCCGCUGCGGAGUGGGCGUUCAGUUUUCGGGUCAUCAUGGCUGGCUACGAAUACGUGAGCCCAGAGCAGCUGGCGGGCUUUGACAAGUAUAAGUACAGCGCUUUGGAUACCAACCCACUCUCUCUGUAUGUCAUGCACCCAUUUUGGAACACUAUAGUGAAGGUAUUUCCCACUUGGCUGGCUCCCAAUCUUAUAACCUUUUCUGGCUUUAUGCUGCUUGUGUUCAAUUUCCUACUCCUGACAUACUUCGACCCUGACUUCUAUGCUUCAGCGCCAGGUCAUAAGCAUGUACCUGAUUGGGUCUGGAUCGUUGUGGGCAUCCUCAACUUCGUUGCCUACACUCUAGAUGGAGUAGAUGGAAAACAAGCUCGUAGAACUAAUUCCAGCACCCCAUUAGGGGAGCUGUUUGACCACGGCCUGGACAGUUGGGCAUGCGUUUAUUUCGUUGUGACUGUGUACUCUAUCUUUGGACGAGGACCGACUGGCGUCAGUGUUUUUGUUCUUUACCUCCUGCUGUGGGUGGUUUUGUUUUCUUUUAUCCUGUCUCACUGGGAGAAAUAUAACACAGGCGUUCUUUUCCUGCCAUGGGGAUAUGACAUUAGCCAAGUGACUAUUUCUUUUGUCUACAUAGUGACUGCGGUUGUGGGAGUUGAGGCCUGGUAUGAACCUUUCCUGUUUAAUUUCUUAUAUAGAGACCUAUUCACUGCAAUGAUUAUUGGAUGUGCAUUGUGUGUGACUCUUCCAAUGAGUUUAUUAAACUUUUAUAGAAGCUAUAAAAGCAACUCUCUGAAGCACAAUUCCAUCUAUGAAGCCAUGGUCCCCUUCUUCUCUCCAUGCCUGCUCUUCACUCUGUCGACAGUGUGGAUCCUCCGGUCACCUUCAGAUAUUUUAGAAAUGCACCCUAGAAUAUUCUACUUCAUGGUCGGAACAGCUUUUGCCAAUAUCACAUGUCAGCUAAUCGUUUGCCAAAUGAGCAGCACACGGUGCCCAACUUUGAACUGGUUGCUGCUUCCUCUCUUCUUGGUCGUGGCAACUGUGAUCGUAGGCACAACAACCUCCCGCCUUGAGAGUGUUCUCCUUUACACACUCACUGCUGCCUUCACUCUGGCUCACAUCCAUUAUGGAGUACAAGUGGUAAAGCAGCUGAGCCGACAUUUUCAGAUUUAUCCUUUUUCAUUGAGGAAACCAAACUCAGAUUGACUAGGACUGGAAGAGAAGAGUAUCGGUCCGUAAUCUUGAGGAAGUACUGUAAAUAGAUGCGUGUAAAUACUUCAUCCAUCACCAUUGACCUAAACGGAUCUGCUUGACAGACAUGGGAUCUCAGUGUGCGCUAUGUGGACGGAAGAACAAAGCAUGGUCUGAGCUUGUGGAAUUUCAGACUUUCUAACUCCCAGCUUAUUUUAUUUUAUUUUUUUACAGAACCACGAGACAUUUGGUUAAGCACAGUGUACAUUAAACCAGCUAAAUGUUCCUAGAUUCAUGAGUCCAUACAUUUUGACUCCUACAGAGUUGAAGAUGAUUUACUUUUAUGUUUAAAGUCCCCAGAUGAUUCAGGAACACUAAUAACAUUCAGAUAGCCACAGCCUUUCUUAGCAUCUGAUAAUUUAUGGCAGGUCUAUAGCUGUGGGAAUGAUAGCCCAAAUUUAAUGUAGAAAUCGUCAAAAAAGUCUCUUCAGCCAGAGAUGCCAGGGACUCCAGAACAGUGUACAGUUGCCAAACCCUGGUUGUUCUCCAGUGACUCGCCUUCCCCUGCCGUGGCGAUCGUCGAGUAUUCCUGCCUCUUGCUGUAGCUGAAUCCUGACAAGUGAUUAAUCUUCUUCUAGAGUGAAAUGCUCUGCUGUUGCUUAGCAGAGAGCGGGUUGUAACCACAGCUGGCCAAUGUGGCAUAUUUCAUUGUCUCACUGGGGCAGGUUCUCUGUCAGCAGUGCAUUGCUGGGAUUGGGUGCCUAUGAGCUGUGAUUUCUAAGAAUACAUACGACAGUCCCAAUCUUGCACACUCACUUGUGAGGAUAUAGAUAAAGUACCUUGUGAGAGGAAAUUUAAGCUGGAGUUAGGAGUCUCAGAACUCCCACAGUUAGUAUCCUAACCCUGUCUGCCCAGUCUUUUCUUACUUUCAUUCUCUCCUGGGGGUGAGGUGCUGUGGUUUUUAUUCUUACACAGAAUAAAACAGAGAGAUAGUCUAUUUCUCCUAACUACCCACCUCCCUAUUUGAAGAAAACUUUUGAUAUAUAUGCCUUACUGAGUAUUUACUCCCUUAAUAUGACUCAAAAUAACUUUUGAGGUUUACUGACAACAUAAAAAAAUCCCUUCCGCUGUAUUGUGGUUAUUUAUAAAUCACACCUUUUUAUGAAUGUGGAUAUUUCCUUCCUUUGGACUUUGUCUUUAUUUAGUUUGGUGGUGGUGAAAUUUACUUGCUGAUUUUAUUUUCCACUGAAUGAAGUUUGUGCUUAAAUGAAGAGUGUGUCUUAAACCCUUUUUUUUGGACAGGUUGCACUUGGAUAACAUAGGCACCGCUGUGUUGAUAUGUAAUUAAAUUCGUAACUCUUAUUUA